CGAGUUCCCAUUCGAGUCCAAUCGAAAGCAGAACCCAGCAUACAAAAUGACACGAGUUCGUGUAGGGGCUGUCCAGGCCGAGCCCGGCUGGGUUGAUCUAGCCGCCAGUGUCGCGAAAACAAUCGCACUAAUCCAGGAAGCCGGGACAAAGGGGAUCAAUGUCCUGGGCUUUCCCGAGGUAUGGAUUCCAGGCUAUCUGUGGACAAUGUGGACAGGCAGCGUCGUGGACAAUAUGGAGCUUAUGCACCAGUACAUGGCCAAUUCACUGGGGCGUAAUUCCCCUGAGAUGCGCGCCAUUCAACAGGCCGUCAAAGAGGCAGGUCUCUUCAUCGUGCUUGGAUACAGUGAACGUGAUGGCGGGAGAUUGUACAUGGCACAGUCAUUCAUCAACCCCGCCGGUGAGAUCGUACACCAUCGGCGUAAGAUCAAGCCCACGCAUGUGGAGCGAUCGAUCUGGGGUGAGGGUCAAGCCGAGUCCCUUCAAACCGUGGUUGAUUCCCCCUUUGGUCGCAUCGGCGGCCUCAAUUGCUGGGAGCACUUGCAGCCCCUCCUGCGAUUUUAUGAGUACUCGCAAGGGGUUCAGAUCCACAUCGCCAGCUGGUCGCCGGAGUUCCCAGCACCCAAAGGCGUGAAGUGGCCCUUCCACGAAACAGAUGGCCAGGCGUUUGUGUUAGUCUGCACGCAGGUCGUCAAGGAAGAGAGCCUGCAAAAGCAGAAUCUAUCUCAAGGGGGAGUCAUUCAAGCGCCCGGUGGAGGAUUUUCCGCGAUAUUUGGACCAGACGGAGCCUGUCUCGUCGAGGUAUCCUCCGGUAGCGAGGAAUGCAUACUGCAGGCUGAUGUGAAUCUUCAAGAUAUAGAUUACGCGAAGGCGAUGAUCGAUACGGUUGGACACUAUUCCCGCCCGGAUUUAUUGUCAUUGAAAGUCAACACGGAGACGGCGAAAUGUGUUUGGCCAAGUGGGUGAGCCUCUAGACAGCCAGAAAUGGAAAUAGUCCCUUGAUAGAUAGUUGAUUCAUCCGUACACACAAAAUACCAUGAGAUGUUAAUGGAG